UUGGGUGAAAGUUUUUUAUUUGUUGUUUUUUGUUUAAAAUUUCGUUGGCCUAUUUACAAAUUCCGUCCAUGUCUGCCAAAUAAUUUUCUCUCUUCUUAAUUUCAACCACUUUUUAACAAAAUAAUCAAAUAAAAACUAACUCAAAUGGAAUCGUCUUUAAUCGUCGACGAUAAUCCUUCGUCUAAAACAAAAAUCUCAACUGUUCCAAUUAAAAGUGUUUUCGUCUUUCUAAUUGCAACUGUUUUCAGUGCAGUUAUAUUAGAAUUUCUUCCCAAUACUACCCACAGUCUAUUUCCACCAAAAUUGUCAAAUGACACAUCCAAUUUACAACUGUUACGUCCAAAAUAUGCCAUUUAUGGUUUAAGUAAAACCGAAGAACAUCUUGAUCAUGUGAUUUCUGUAUUGGAACGUCUCGGUUAUGACCGAACUGAUUUAGACAAAGAUUGGGAUCUUCUCUGGGCACAUGAUUAUCCUUAUUUAACAAUGAAUUUAAAGAAUCUCCAACCAAAUCAGAGAAUCAAUCAUUUUCCUGGUUGUGGUUUUAUAACGAAUAAAGUUGAUUUGUCAACUUCAAGAUUGCCAUUUCUUCCCAAAGCUUUCAAACUUCCUGGGGAGAAGAAUGAAUUCCUUAAAUAUAUCUCAGAAAAUCCUCAAACUCUCUUUGUCCAAAAACACAAUGAACAUCGAUUUAUUGAGAUUAAACAACCUCAAGAAAUCGAUCUCGAUUCGAACAACACUUUUGUUCAAGAAUUCAUUCAGAAUCCAUUCCUUGUCGAUGGAUAUAAAUUCGAUAUUGGAGUUUAUGUCUUGGUGACAAGUAUAGAUCCACUUAGAGUGUAUAUUUACACUGGAGACGUACUCUUUCGGUAUUGUCCAGUUAAAUACCAUCCAUUUGAUCCAAAAAAUGUGGACAAAUAUGUGGUUGGUGAUGAUUAUCUUCCAACUUGGGAGGUUCCAUCAUUGACCAAGUAUUAUAAUAAGUUCCAAGCUAAUAUGAGAGGAGCAUUCGAUGCUUAUGUUAGGGAUCAGGGAAAGAAUCCACUCGGAGUCUGGGAACAAGUGGAAGAUAUUAUUCGUCGGACUGUUCAAGCUAAAGAGAAGAAUAUAGCUGAUAUUCUAAAGAACUACAAAACAAGGAACUUCUUUGAAUUGAUGCGAUUUGAUUUGAUUAUCGAUGAGAAUCUUAAAGUUGUCUUGAUGGAGGCUAAUAUGAGUCCGAAUUUGUCUUCGGCUCAUUUCAAACAAAACUCGUUGCUUUAUGAGCAGAUUUUGUAUAGCGUUUUGAAUUUGGUAGGAAUUGGAACACCAAUUGAUCAUUCUUUGAUGGCUUUAGGCUCUGAGGAUGUUGAGGAGAUGAUUUCGAAUGAUAGGAAUAUUGCAACUUUGUUGAAUCUUUGUGCUGACUAUGAUUGUGAUAAAUCAUGUAAUAAGCUUGAGUGUGAGUUAUGUUUGCCAUGUUUGAGUGGAAAGGAUCAUCAGACGUUGCAUGCGGCGUUUAGGGAGCAUCUUCAUAGGGUUAAUAUGAAGAGGAUUAUUCCAAAGCCGAUUAAUGACUUUCGAAAGUUUGAUAUUGAAAAGGAGACUCAGAAUUUGUCGACGAAGAAUCAAUGGAUGACAAGAUGGUUUUAUGCUAAAUGCUCAGAUGAAAUUACUUGGUGUUUCUAG